AUAUUGCGAUAGUGACGUUUUGAGAUUCACUUCUCAUUCGCUGAGCCCAAUCAAACUGUUUCAUGUAUGCAAAUCUGAAAGCCACACGUUCGCAUUAUCAUAUCGUCGGUUUUAUCCAAUGUAAAUGAACAACUUUUAAACUCCCAGCUGUGUAUUGUCAGGAAGUGUUUGGCAGUUACUUCUCCACUGGUCUGAAAAAUACCGCCUGAAAAUGGCUUCCAGCGAGUAUAAGGAUACGGAUUUUUAUGAUUACUGUUGUCCGGUCUGUUUAGAAGAGUUUCAAGAUCCGAAAGUUCUGCCUACUUGCAAUCACAACGUAUGUCGACAGUGUCUAAAAAAUAUUAUAAUGCGAGCGAAACCGGCCUACAUACAAUGCCCUACGUGUCGACAAAAAUCUUUUAUUCGUGAGGAUGACCUUGAUGAUUUACAGACAAACGUGUUCCUGGUGAAACUUUUACAACAAACCGAGCCGCAAAAAGAACGCGAGAAGCUUUCCAAGGGGAUUCAAGCAUGCGUAACAAAGGUGGAAAUUUUGGAUGAAUUGAUGAAGGAACUAAAAUUGAGUCGACAAAGAAAAUUCGAACAUGGAGAGUCUAUAAAAGAAGAAAUUCACAAAAUGGCUGAUGAGAUUGUCAGAAAGACAAGGCUAAGCGAAACAGAGUUGAUCAGCAGAGUGGAAGAGUUUAUCUCUCAACAAGACAGCGUCUUCAGCCGCCUUGAAGAAAAUACGGAAGCUUUCAAACAGAGGGUACAAGCUCACGUUAAUGUUUCUUUGAACACUUACGAUGGGAAGAACGAUGGGGAAAUUUCAAAGAUGAAAACCACUCUAGCUUCCUUGGCGCACAAUAGCCCAGAGGACAAAUUAUACAAAGAGAUGAACGAGUUAAAUUCAUUUGCUGCUUCAUUUGACGCAAACAAAGAUUUUCUGCAAAGGAUGGAAAGUCAGGGCAUCGGCGAAUUAUCCAUGAGUGAUCCGAGCGGAGUGAAAAUUGGAAUCUCUACCCCUCUGCAGUUCAUGAGAGUAUCACUCACAACACUGCGUAAGAUCACUGCUUCAAACUUUGGCUUCGAGUCAUUUUCACCCUUAAGCAUCACGACAGAUGGUCUCAAGCAGGUGGCUGUAGCUGAUCCAGAGAACAACAAUAUUCUGAUUUUGAAUCGAAAUGGUGAUUUCGUGAAUAGAUUUACAUCUCCAGCGAACUCUCCCCAGCCUGCCAUGAUGUUUUCAGGUGUUGCUUUUUCCAAGGACAAAAAAGACUUGAUCACCGUCAACGGUGCUCGUGACGUACAUCUUAUUAACCCAAUUGACGGAACCUUUAAAGUGAGUUACAGAAGUAGCUCACAGUGGGGUGUCAAAUACUGUUUUGUUUCAACUGAUCGGUAUGGACGAUUUUUACUCACAUGCGAACCCUUGGCGAAACAAUACCGAGCGUGCAUCAUCGUACACUCGGAUACGCCUUUCGGAAAACCCGAUUUGAGGUUCGGGUUCUCAGGCGAAGGGGCUUUGUUAUUCCCUUUCAAAGUCCUUUACCAUGACAAGCAUUACUUUGUGACAGACAUGGAAAAAGGCUGCAUUAUGGUUUACAACGAGUAUGGCGAUUUUCUUCGGCAUUUUGGGAGUAAAGACGACGAAAUUAAUGGCAAUGGUCGUCUGGUUUUACCGACAGGAAUGACUUUUGAUCCAAGAGAGGGAAUAUUGUUAGUGUGUGACUGGGGAUCUAGUUCUAUUCAAACGUACAAACCCGACGGAACUUUUCUCGAGGCAUUCCCCAUCGAUGGACGCCCCACGGAUAUAGCCCUGUUCUCCGAUGGCACCCUCGUGGUUUCCUCAAAAGACGAUCAAUGGAUUCAGUUUAUGUCGAUAUCAACACUCGGGGUGUUUAACGAUGAGGAAGUGGGUAGGAAAUGAAUUUGCCUAUGAAUCCCUAGUUAUUAAUCAACAAAUGGCAAAUUUCAUGAAUGUCACACAUUGACCAGGACAAAAUUUCUGCCGCUUUGUUUACGUCUUUCAGUUGAGGACGAAAUGAAAUAAGCAGCAAGUUCUCACCAUGAACGAUAAACCUUGUUGGACUUUAUCUCCCCUCACUCUGACCACUUACAUUCAUCCUCGUUGUCUCAUAACUGCAAAUUAUUACAGGAUGUGAAGCGCAUUUCGAUUGUAAAGCCAAAACCAAAGUAAUCACUUCAACCAAUCGGAAUAAAUUAUCACAAAGAGCCCCAGUAGAACUCAAAAUAAAACACGAUAACACGAGUUACCAAGCCACCAUUGGUUUAUAUCUUGAAUCUGAUUAAUUAAGAAAGUGGCGCGAGUUUCCUGGAGCAACACUUACACUAAACACACACUUGAAAUUGCUUUAAUAGAGAGGUUUCACAAAGUAAUCCUAGUAACCAAACAGAACUAAGAUUAACUUUUUCAUUCGCCAAUGAAAACUCAAAGUGGAACAAGCAAAGUGCUUGAAGCGCAGGAACACUCAAAUGACCGAGUUUGAUUGUUUUUAGUGUCUAACACGAUUUCCACUGGUCGACUAUUUUAUAAUUUGAGUGGAAGAUAACAAAGACGCUAAUAAGAGGAUCUCAAAGGGGUGAAGACUUUUAAAGCAAACUGUUCAAUUUUGUCCGUUUUAUGCCUAACGGUUAACACCACUGAGACCCUCAUAUAAGGCGGGAGGGUCGAAAGGAGGGCGUGGCUAAUUCGACAGGUCUGUGUUACGUUCGAGUAAAUAAGCAAGCCUCUUAUAGUAAUUUACAACGUUUAUUUCCCAGAAGAGAUUCAGCUAAAAAAACUGAACGGUGAAUGACUCCUCUAAUGCGGAGUAUAUAAAACUACGUUCCAUUGAGAAGUUAAGCUAUAAAAUCAAGUCUUCCAACGAAUUCUGCUGAUUUUUUGGCAUUUCAUGAGGUUCACUCGGUAUCUAAGAAGUGUCAGCCAGCACGAUAUCCAAGUAGUUCACCUGGAGUCAUGAUUGUCACUUCCGGUCCUAAAUUUUUGAAAUGUUUGUCUAAAGUAAAGGGAAGCUUAAUCAGGUCGGAACUGUAACUUCUUUUUCUGAAACCGCUUCAGACAACAUUUUCUGUUUUGCCAUGUCAACUUCAGUCUGUUCGAUAGGAGUUUUGUCUUCUACUGCAUGACAUGGAUGUAAAGCCGAACCUGAAUUCGAUUCUGGAAUCUCUCUUCUCGCCUUAUCCUCUGAUAGUACAGGAAUUUCUGAAUUGUUCUGUUCCAUAAUGGCUUCAUCGCCCUCAUUUUGUGCUGAAAAGCCAACAUCGUUCCCGACAUUAAGCUUUACCAUGAGUUCUUCGAGUUUUUUUGCCUUUCUUAAUUCAUUUUCUCUAAUAAUGGUAUACAGGUGCUCUGUUAGCAAAUCUUUCCUUUCCGUUUUUCUGUGUAAAUCCAUCUUCGCCUCCACGAACUCUUUUUCUGCCUUUUCAUACCUCUUUCUGAAAAUAAAGUUUCAAGUAGUUUGUCCUGCUGUGAACAUUACCACUGUUUUCAUCUAAACGUGGACACGUGUCAUGUUUAGCAAUCAAAAAUUUAAACUUUUUACAAUUUUUUAGCAGACUUUCAUGUCAAAGAUUGAGUGCAGUUGAGGUCAAUGAUACUGAUAUACUUUCAAUAAGAGUCCUGUUAAAGACAGAAUGUGAACUUUUGUUUGAGCGAGGAAAUGUUUAGGAACUGUCAAAUGUCAGACUCAAGAUGGUAGACAAGUAGAACACAAAAUAGUAUGGCAACAAAUUUAUGCCUGAUUUAAAUAAAUUUAAGCAACUGUGUAUGUUUCUGUGAUCUUAUGAGAUGUUAUCCAUUGGAACUGCUAAAUUUGAUUGGUUCCCUUGUCUAAUUUGAUAACGCUUCAUUGAAGUGACAUUAGGGGCAGAGAGAUGAUUAAAGAGUCAAUAAUAAAACAUCUUAGAAAUCUGCCGAGACAAAAAUAUCUGUUGCCAGUGCUGCAGUUAAUUUCAAUUUACUCCUAUAAAAUUUAGAGAAAAAGUGCUAUGUAAAACUGAGAAUUCAUUGUGAAACAUCUUGACAAACUUAAACUGGUUAGUGUGCUUAUUCACUUACUGUGCACUAAGGAAAUCUCUACUGCUCUCCUCUAUCUUGUCUCGAAGAAUAGCUACAUCAGCAGACAGUAGACUGUCAAGAUGGCUCAACUCUUUCUGAACUAAACUAAGAGUGUGUGCUUCUGCUUGGGUUUUCUGAUAUCUAACCAAACAAAAAAUAAACAAAAUAAGACAACAUGAGAGGCACAAAUCACAACUGAAGAAAAGUUACUGGUAAUAAAUGAAACCAUUGUGAUGAAUGACCUCCUUGAUGAGUGCUCUGUUCAUGCAAACUUUUCACACCACAAAAUAUAAUCAUUACACAGUCUAGAAAAUUCCCUCUGCUUUCUCCUAUUUUUGUAUAUGAUAUAUUCACCCUGCUGUCAAUAAGUAUGCGACAAUAUGUUCCCCUCAGACUUAAAACCUAUAUAAUCCUUAACUUAACUUAACUCAUUCAAAAUUUCAGCUGAAAGGAGGGGGGCUUAUUGGAAGAAGGCUUAAUUGAUGGGGGCACUUAUUAUCCUGUACUGAUUCCCCUGUAAUUGAACCUUUAAAAGUUAAUCAGGGAAAGACAGUAUCAUUAAUCAAUAUGUUUGACUUGCCCUUUUUUGAAUUUGUGAACUAGUAAAUG